AUGCGCCUCAAUUCCGAUGAGGAGAGAGGAGGGUAUAGGCUGGUAGCAGAUGAGCAUCCAGACGAUCCAAUUGACGAGUCAACCCAAACCAAUGUCUUGCAUAUGGACGAUCUCUCCGAUGACAGCUCUCCGCCUACCCCGCGAUUCUUGCAAGACCAGGCAUCAUACCGAUACCUGAAAUGGGUGCCGACUCCUGUAAGACGUUUGAGCAAGUCAAUAACAAAAUGGGCCAAAGGACCGGAUCCGCCGCAUAUACAUACCAUUGAACCAAUAUUACCAAUUGUACAAGAAUUUCCGAUUCGAUUGCUAGACCACUAUGUACCGAAGAGAAGACAUAGAAUAGCCCUUCUGAUCGCUUUCUACUUUAUCUGGAUCCUCACAUUCGCGGUUGUCAUGAAGCAGAGUACCAUUGCUACAGAGAUUGAAGGCUGGGGAGCUCCAGGAAAUAUAGGUUGCGGAAACACGUACUGGGUGCCAGGAAAUAGGUGCGGAUUGAAUGGCAAUGACUGCCGACCUUUCAACGGAAGCGGCUUUGCAUUUAGAUGUCCUGCAAACUGUGCUAAUGUGAUGGUGUUGAAUCCCCGGGCGGUUGGUGCUCAGGAGAUCAACUACCGACCCAUGGUCAUAGGAGGACCCUCGAAGGAUGACGCGACACCAAUAUACCGAAGCGACUCUUUCAUCUGCGGCUCAGCUAUCCAUGCUGGGAUCAUUGAUAAUGCAAAAGGCGGCUGUGGGGUUGUAUCUUUGGUCGGCAAGCACCGCGAUUAUCAGAGUUCAAAGAAGCAUGGCAUUACAAGCAUUGGAUUCGAUUCAGAGUUCCCGUCCUCCUUCACUUUCCACUCCGGGACGACAUGCGAAGCUAAAGAUCCCCGAUGGCCAUUACUUUUUGUGUCUUUAACGUUUACUAUCUUGCUGUCAUUAUUUACCACAUCGCCUGGCCUGUUCUUCUUCAGCAUAUUCACCGGAGUAUUUUUCCACGUUGGUCUAGCAUCGGAUCCGCCUGGACAUGCCACAGUCACCGACCUAAUUUCAAAUCUGCUUGGGAAAUAUUUACCGGCCGCCUUUUGUGCCUUUGUCAUCUACCAAUAUAUGGGUGUCCGAAGAGCACUCUCUGGACUCACCGCGCAGAUAGAGAAGACGAUUCUUUGGCUUGGAGGCUGCUGGUUUGGAGCCCUUUCCAACUACACAUUGGAUUGGAUCCCUAUACAACGUCUUAAUGCCCACGAUCUUAAUCAACAGCCCGGCGCGAAACUGGCCCUCGCUCUUAUCGUCUCAUUAAUUGUUCUAAUAGUGAUCAAGCAAGUAUUCUUCUUUCGUAGAGAAGGACGUCUCAUUCGCUACCUUGGUCUCUAUGGAACUUUCAUAGGUGCGAUACUGCUCUCACUACUCCUGCCAGGUCUAAGUCUGCGCAUUCAUCAUUACAUUCUUGGCUUAUUGCUUCUACCCGGGACAAGCAUGCAGACACGACCUGCCCUCCUCUAUCAGGGCCUUCUUGUGGGCCUUUUUAUCAAUGGUAUCGCUCGCUGGGGUUUCGACUCUGUGCUCCAGACACCAGCGGCUCUUCAAGGCGACGCUCAGCACAACUCUAAGCUUCCGGUUAUUCCAGCACCUAACAUCACACUUGGAGUUUCGAUAUCCACGAUAUCGUUCUCUUGGCUUGCGCCGCCUGAGCCUUUCGACGGGAUAUCCGUGUUGGUGAACGACGUGGAGCGCUUCAGAGGCUACACGGAUGAAGGGUUCUCAAGCGACAAGAACUUUGUCUGGGGUCGACCAGGUUUGAAAACUGGAGACAGUGACAGGAACGAUUACUUUCGUUUUGGGUACAUGCAGGGCUCGAGCAGUUGGGAUUAUACGAAGGCAGGUACUUGGAAUAAGGAUGGGGAGUGGGUGCCAAUGAAAAAGGGCCCAAGUAAAAUUAAAAGUCGUGAACUGAACGGAGAGGUCCUCGGGGUAAACUGA